AUGUACCCCAACAACUCUGAUAUUACAACCGUCUCAGCAAGCGAGUCGGGCGCAGCCGGCAAGUCGGCUUCACCUGCUAACCUCAAAGACUGCGAGGAAGCAGCUCUCCAGCCCAAUGCCGUCUUCGUCAACGUAUACGACAUCUUAAAGUUCAACUCGUGGCUUUGGUCGGUGGGCAUUGGGGUGCAUCACGUCGGCAUUCAGGUGUACGACGCCGAGUACCAGUUUGGCCGCUGCGAUGAGGGCAGUGGCAUCCGUGUCGUUGAGCCUCGACACUCUUCGCCGCAUAUUUUCCGAGAGCAGUUUUAUGUCGGGCAGACGCAGCUAAGCGCUCUAGCAGUGCAGGAGCUCGUGUCCAGCUUUGCUCAGAGCGACACGUGGCUGGGGAGCAGGUAUCACCUCGUGAAGCACAACUGCAUCCACUUCGCGCACGCCUUCUGUGAAGCGUUGCUGCCGCCCAACGUGCGGGUGGCGCAGAUGCGCACGGCGCUGCCGUCUAUGUACCAGUGCGCGUACAUGGAGGAAGUUGAGGUGGACGCCCAGCGGUACUCGCUGCCGGUGCUCAUUCCUCCUCAUGUGGAUCGCCUGAGCAACUAUGCGGCCUCUUACCUACCAGAGUCAGUUCUGCAGAUGCUGGACUCCAUGGACAACUCCUUCAUAGUCCCCUGA